UCAGUACAAGUCACGAAGCUAUAGUUAGGUCGUGUGUUGAGCCAGGAAGGCCAGAGCAUGUCGACAGGCGAAGAAUUGCUGAUGAAGGGCACUCUGCAUGGAAGCAUAGCGGGAAUAACUCGCAAAGACUGGUCUCUAUUGUACCUGGAGUUGACCACCAGACAUAUCCAUGUGUUCGAAGGACAUGAAGACCCUCGUGCUGCUAGAAAGCAUCUCCGUAGUCUUGAGGUAAAAGAUUAUGGCAGUGUAGUUCCAGAGAAGGCAGUGAAAUUCACUCUCGUUGGAACCGAUGGCGGUAACUGUACAUUCAAGUGUGACACAGAGUACACGAAGCAAAAGUGGAUCCAGGCACUCAAAAAGGCCAUUGAAAUUAGGAAGACUGUGUGGCUACGA